AUGAGGAAGUAUCGACACCUUCGUACCCCUUGCCAGCCAGUCAAUACAUUGAUGACAGCAGCAAUAGCAGCAUUUCGUAACACCAUCAGUCAUGGACCUACAUACGUCUGCACAGUCUGCCACAGGACGAUGUUUCCAAAUCAAGUAAAGCUCUGUAAGAGAGACAAAUACUCCACCAGCGUUAAAGUGGCAGAAGCUUGCUUGACCGGAAGCUACGUUCAUGUUUGUGCUGCCGAGUGCUCCUCCCCUUGCUCUCUGCCACCAGAGAGACUGCAGGAGUGGAUCUGCCACAACUGCGACAGCCACCUCAGCAGAGGAAGAAUCCCGACACAUGCAGUAGCAAACAAUUUGCAAUUAGCACCCAUUCCCCCGGAACUGGACCAACUCAACGUGCUGGAAAGACAGCUCAUUGCCAAAGUAUUGCCGUUCGCAAAGAUUAUCGCUUUGCCAAAAGGACAGCAGCGAGCAGUGCACGGAGCUGUUGUAUGUGUUCCAUCAGAGGUGGAAAGCGUCGUCAACAGUCUUCCACGUCCCCGCACCGAAGCACAGCUACUGCAUGUGAAAUUGAAGCGCCACAUACGUUUCAAAGGCCACCAGCACUUUUACAUGGUCAACGUGAAGAAGAUGCUGACAGCCCUGGAAAAACUCAGAGAGCAACACUCUGAGUACACAGAUGUAACCAUAGACGAGGAGGCUGCGUUCCAAUACCUACUCCAGGAUUCGGACGACGACAACAGCAACGAUGAAGAUUCAUCACAGCGGGGAGAUGACAUCCCAGACGAGGAGCUGCUUCAAGCGUGUGACAGCUGCACUGAACCACUCCAGGCCAACUCGGCUGCAAACACGACCACAGAACGGCAGAAGGAGCUAAGACCUGGACUUGCACUGGACACCUGCAUGCAGCCACCAGACAUCGCCCAGGAAAUUCUUUCCUACGGUGAUGGCAUUUUCAGCGUUGCCCCUGCUCAAGGCAACAAACCUGUGGGAUUUUUUGCAAUCCCCAAACUGGAAGCCAUGGCCUUCCCCGUUCAGUUUCCCACGGGACAGAACACACUGGAUGAAGACCGUCCCAUCAAGCUUUCACCCAGCAGGUAUUUUAACGCCAGACUUUUUGGAGCGGACACUCGCUUUGCCGAGGACCAAAGCUACCUUUUUUUUGCGCAGUUUGUGUCGGAGACAAACAUUGCAAGGGGCAGUAUGUCUAUCCAAAUGCGCAAAGGAAGGAAACGCACGAGUGACGGGCGUGUCGUGAAAAACUCCAUGCUGCAAAACAAAGAAGAGCUGGAGCGCCUAAUUCAGGCCAGAGAGGCCCUGCGAUUCAUGCAGCCUCUGAGAGGCACGCCUGCAUAUUGGCACAAAAGCCUAAAGGAUUUGCACGCGAUGCUGAGGCAACUCGGCAAGCCCACCUUCUUUGUGACUUUUUCAGCGGCAGAGAUGAGAUGGCCUGAAGUCAUUCAGGUCAUCAAAGCACAGCAAGGUCAGACACUUGCUGACUUUUCACAGCUGGACUGGAAAUCCAAGUGCGACAUCCUGCGCAGCAACCCCGUCACAGUCAUGCGAAUGUUUCACCAUCGGGUUAAUGCGCUUAUGGCAGACCUCAUUCUCUCACCAGCGCAACCAAUCGGCGAGGUGGAGGAUUAUUUUUACCGUGUGGAGUUUCAGGCUCGAGGAAGCCCACACAUCCACAUGCUAGUGUGGGUCAAAGACGCCCCUGUGUACGGCGAGGACUUGGAUCAAGUUGUCUGCAAGUACAUCGACCGUUACAUCUCCUGCAAGAUGCCUGACCCCAAGGAGGACCCAGAACUCCACAAAAUUGUGUCGGAAGUUCAGGUCCACAGCAAGAGCCACUCUUUUUCGUGCAAGAAGGGCAACGUAGUCUGUCGUUUUGGCUUCCCCAAGCUGCCAUUUGACAACACCUGGAUCACGAAUCCGUGCGAGUGCGAAGUGGAGAUGGAAGAGGAAGAGGAAGAGGAAGAGGAAGUGGUCCGACAGGCACGGAGAGAACGGAUCCAAAGGCAGCAGCAGGACGCCAAGGAGAAGCUUCAGCACCUCAGACAACUCCUUAUGGAUCCAAAGGCUUCAUUCAAGGACUUGUCAGAUCUCCUCCAGCGUUGCAACUUGGAGCGUGACAUCUACAUGAACUGCGCCGAAAAACUGACCAGCGGGAGCGUGGUAAUGCUGAAGCGGCAUCCAAACGACUGUUGGGUCAAUGCGUACAACCCAGACCUUCUCCGCGCUUGGAACGCCAACAUGGACAUCCAGUACGUGCUGGACGAGUACAGUUGCGCCAUGUACAUGAUGUCGUACAUGACCAAGCCGGAGCACGAAAUGACCGAAUUCUUGAAGUCGGUCGUAAAGACGGCGAGGGAGUCCGACCUCAACCAGCAGCAGGAAAUGAGGAGGAUCAUGCAGGCCUACGCGAAGCACAGAGAGGUAAGCGCCCAGGAAGCGGUGGCUCGCACGUGCAGCCUCCCUUUGAAAAAGUGCUCCAGGUCUGUCAUCUUCCUGUCAACGGACGAAGACGGGAUGAAGAUGAGUCUUCCCAUGAGUCGGCUGAACGACAUGGCACCCGAGUCCGAGGAGGUGUGGAUGAUGGGGGUACCUGACAAGUACCUGUUCAGACCACAGACUCGUGAGUUCGAGGGAAUGUGUCUGGCCGAGUUUGCGUCGGACUACAGGGUAAUCUACGGACAGCACGCUCAACGCAACAGUGCGAUUGCCCUCCGCGACAACAAAGGCUACAUUGCCAAGAGGACAGCAGGAAGAGAAGCAGUCAUCCGAUUCGCGCGUUUCUCAGAGACCAAAACACCAGAGAAGCACUUCAGGCGGCUUCUGAAGCUGUACCUGCCACACCGAUCGGACCACCAGCUCAACGACGGAGGUCGUACCGCGUACGAAGACUUCUACAAAUUUCGUCCUGAUGUGAAGCGCAUCGUGGACAAUAACAAGAAGCGGUACGAGGAAAAAGGCGCAGGCAUGGACAAGGCACUCCAACGCGUCGAGGAAGGUCCAGUCCUCAACGCUUGGAACUCCUUUGCACCCGAAGUUGAGGUUGACCGACAGGAGUGUCUUAACCUGCGACAAACUGUCACGGAGGACAACGAAGAGGACGCCGUCCCGGACUUUGACGUUAGCUUACCAGCUCCCAGGAUCGAGGUGCCUCGGUUGAGUCCGGACUUUGUCCGGAAGAUGUUUCAGAGUCUGAACGAGACCCAGGCAUGCAUCUUCUAUGCUGUGCGGCAAUGGUGCCUUCAGCGUGUGUGGGGCCACAAUCCAGAACCGUUUCACUACUUUGUUUCAGGUGGAGCUGGAUGUGGUAAGUCCCACGUCAUAAAGUGCAUUCACGAGGAAGCAACGAGGAUUCUGCGGGAGCUCCCCAGAUUCCGAGACAUGGCUGACAUGUCCCAGCCAGCUGUGCUUCUGACGGCCUUCACAGGCACAGCAGCCUUCAACAUCGCGGGCAAAACGUUGCACUCUGUCCUCAAGCUUCCUAGGUCCUUGGAGCCGCCAUACCAGGGCCUCGGCAAUGCACUUGACGAACUUCGAGCGUCAUUGUCUUCCGUUGAGAUUCUCAUCAUCGACGAAAUUUCCAUGGUUUCCAAGAAGCUGUUUGCCUACGUCAACUGGCGUUUCCAGCAGCUGAAGGGAAACCGCAGACCUUUCGGCGGCGUUUCCAUUCUUGCAGUCGGCGACUUUUACCAGCUACCACCGCUGGGCAGGGCCAAGCCGCUCUGCGUCUAUGAAGAUACGGAGUUCGAUCUCUGGAGAGAUCACUUUUCCAUUGUCAACCUUACGGAAAUCAUGCGGCAGAAAGAUGACCGCGCUUUUGCCGAACUCCUCAACCGACUGCGAGUCAAGCGCAAGGAGGAUCCUUUGAGUCUCGCGGACCGCGAAUUACUCUUACGGGCCGUCUCGGACGGUAAGGACCUUCGAGGAGAAACGCUCCAUGUCUUUGCCACGAACAAGCAGGUGGACAGUCACAACGCAGACGCUGUGAGUUCCCUGCUUGAACAACAGAUCACCAUCGUGGCACAAGAUUUUCGAAAGGACGUUACAACAGGAAGGAAGGUCCCCGUGCAAAAUGUCACCGGCACAAAAACAGAUUUGCCUGACAGCAUAGUGGCUGGUGAAGGAGCACGCAUCAUGUUGAUCAGGAAUGUCAACGUAGAAGAUGGACUCGUCAACGGGACAUUCGGGACCAUCUUCACCAUGGUGACCGACAACCAUGAUCCCAAAGCCGUGAGACUUCUUGGUCUCCGGCUGGACAACCCCACAGCAGGACAGACUCUGCGAAAGAAGCUGCUGGGCCCCACGGACGACUUGGUCUACAUCGAGAGAUCCGAGGAGAGCUUCGGUCGCAAAGGCGGAGUAGUUAGACGCCAGUUCCCCAUCAAGCUAGCUUUUGCGUGUACGGCCCACAAAGUGCAAGGCAUGACGGUGACGUCGGCUGUGGUGAGCCUGAAACGCGUGUUUCAGCCAGGCAUGGCAUACGUUGCACUCAGCCGCACCACAUCUCUUCAAGGUCUUACCAUCACAGACUUUGAUGAAAAGAAGAUCUACGCGGACCCCACCAUCACCACAGCUUUGCGGGACAUGCGCAGCGCCAGUUUCCAGGGCGUUACUCCCCUGCUGAACUUUGGGAAGCUGACUGACCGACCCCGCAACACCGUGACAGUCAUCCACCACAAUACACAAGGGCUUCCAUCUCACAUUGUGGACCUGAGGGCGCAUCCCGAACUCAGGUUGGCAGAUGUGCUGUGUCUUACCGAGACGCAUCUGUCAGGGCCCCCUGUAUCUCCAUCCUUUCAUCUGGAAGGAUACACCAUGUCUGAACGUAGCAGACCGGAAUCUUACGAUUCAGGUUCAGACAUGGCAGCAAAGGCAGGUGGUGGAGUGGCUAUAUAUUACAAAAACACGUUGACUGCAGAGGCUCCUAGAUGGACGCAUGUCAUGGGUUUGGAGUGUUUGGCCGUCAAAGUUGAGGCGCCAGUCAAAAUGCUUGUAGCGACUGUCUAUAAACCCCCAAAUUAUGCUUUGCUAAGGUUUUUGCAAAGCCUCAACACCCUCUUGGACACAUUGGAGCUCAUGAAUCACCAACCCAUUGUUGUUUGUGGUGACUUCAAUGAAGACCUCCUUUCCAGAGGUCACAAAAGCAUCAGAGAUGCAUUUCUGUCCAGAGGCUACACGCAAUUGGUUCAUGAGUCUACCACAGACAAGAACACUCUGAUUGAUCACAUCUAUAUUUCUCAGCCAGAGAAAUGUGUUCAGUCAGGUGUUCUCCAAAGUUACUAUAGUUAUCACAGUCCCAUCUACUGUAUUUUGACUGACUGAAGCGUCACAAACCACCCAACACGCGGCCUGUAUAUAGUUCAAAGGGGUAAGUAUGAUUUUCCCUGGCCCCUUUGCGGUUGACCGGAACCCCGAGUUAGGCAGCAUCCGGAGACAUAGACCUUGGUGCUCUAAUCCUCAGCAACUGAGGAAUAUUACCUCUCUGUUGGGUAAGUAACCUCAGUUAAUGUGAGAAUUUAAGAGGCUCACACCAAGGGCACACUGGAGAGACUGUCUCUCUCAGCUCGACUGGAAACACCAUGAGAUCCCCCAGGAAGAGCUAGAUGACGUUGCCAGGUAGAACAACAUGUCUCGGGUAAGAACACAUCAUACAAUUUUCUGCUUGUUUCCCAUGUAAUGUGCUCAGUUAGUUUUAUCUCAGACUACAGAACGAAGACUCCAGUCCACAAAGCGUUUGGAGAGCCCAAAUCCAUAGAGAACCCACCUGGACAGUCCCUACGUAAUCCCUGACAUCGAUGAUUACAACGUAGUCCACUCACAAGAACCACCACCCCACCCACAACCCCCUUUCCCAGACAUCCACUCCUCUGGAACAUCUCCAGAACCUGCCUACAAACAUGUCUCAGAAUUCAGACUCCACUUUCUGUCAUCAAGUGACCAGUGAUGCUGCAAUGUCGGCCGAUGGCCUGUAUAGGUCCGGUAACGGUUGUAGCUCCGUAUCUGCUUCACAGCCAUGAGGAGAGAUGUUUCAGAAAAAGAACACUCACUACUCCCAAGCAAAAUUCACUCUUCAGUUGAAACCUUCACAGAUUUCUUGGUUUUUUUUCCCCACUACACAAUGUUGUUCUGGGGUUUUUUCCCAUGCUUGCGGGUUAUAGUGACUACAUGUUUUAACAAAAAUGUGAUCAAAAUAAUAUUUAUGUACAUAUGUUGAAAGUUGUUAAAAUUAAAAUGUAUGUGUAUCUGGAAA